UCCCCCUCAUUUAGUGGGCGGUCCUCCAAGAAGGCGUGGCUACCAAUAUGGCCUCCUCCACUGAACUAUCUUCUGUUGCUUCUCCAAAUCCUAGCGAAUCAGAUGAUAAGAUUGUAUUGAGUCUAAGAGCCGCUGGUAACGCUCCUCAACUCAAACACAAGAAAUUUGCUGUUGAGAAGGAUCGGUCAGUUGCGUGGGUGGUUCAGUGGCUGUGCCAAAAACUAAAGAUUGAGGAAGGAGAGACUAUGUUUGUAUAUGUGCAACAAGCAUUUGCUCCUCCUCUUGAUACUGACUUAGAGACUCUGUACAAAAAUUAUGGAACUGGAGACAAGUUAGUUCUGACAUAUUGUAAGACACAAGCUUGGGGGUGAGAAUACUCAUGGACUGUAUCAUUUAUUAUUGUUGUUGUUGUUCUUGUAAUGGCUAUUGUGUAUUUUUUAACGUUCAUAUCAAUUAAUUUUUUAAAAGUCA